AUGGCGUUGAAAUUUUAUUUCAUUCUUACUAUUGUUCUGACCCUUCUUUUAGUAGUUACAAUCGACCAUGCAUUUGUAAACGCUGGUGAUCCGUGCGUAACAUGUCCAUCACCGCCGAAGAAAUGCAACCCGCCAUGCGAUGACAAUCAUGGUUGCAUUUUAACUGAACGAACAUGCUCACAAUGCCCAAAACGGACUUGUCAACCAAAGAAUAAUCCAACAUGUGUUACAUGCCCUGUAGCUGACUGCCCAGUAUGCAACUCUACCUCUAAAUGUUGGAUUCAGAAAAAUUUCUGCUAUACCUGUGGAGGUGCCUAUUGCGCCACGUCUCCUCUAAAACUAAUAUAUAACAAAAUGGAAAUAUCAGAUUGCGUUAUUUGUCCCCAAAUAGUUCCACCGUGCAAUCCGAAUCCGUGUCCUCCUAAUUAUAAGUGCUACUUUUUUGGCCAAGAUUGUUUCACAUGCGGUCAAUCUAUAUGUGUUCCUGAAAGUUUUAAUGGAACUAAUUAA